GAAACGGUCUUUGCUAAUAGCUGCCCGAACUCCAGCAGCAGUCACGCUGAGGGCGGUGUUUUGCUAUUUUGCUCACUGCUCGCAAAGACAGCUGUUAGUCACAAUGGCACGGGCGUGUUUAUGGCGUCCUAACCACAAUGUGUAAAGUCAAUGGAAUCUAUCUUUUUCCUGCUAACUCAGUUUUCUACCCCACCAUGUUUACUGGCGGGAGUGUUUCAGCAUGAAAGCCUAGUACCGGAAGAUUAGAUAAAGAUAAGCCACUAUUUGGCAGACGGCGAUUGGAGAAUUCGUUUCGGGUGGGGCGUAAUGACGCCAAGCAGCGGGCGUUAACACCAUACAGCCCCUCCCCCAGUCGAAUAGCGCCGUUCGGGACACCGGGAGCUUCCGCUUCCCUAGGAGCCGGAGGGGUGGAGAGAGAGAGAAAGCGCAGAGUCUUUAAAGGGGUCAAUGUACGAGUGCUGCUGCCGCUGACCCUCCCUGAUCAUGGGACUACUGAGGCUCGUGUUCCUGCUGUCCUGGGCUGCCAGUGCGGGAGGUCUCUAUGGCAACCCAUUAAAUAAAUACAUUAGGCAUUAUGAAGGAUUAUCCUACAAUAUGGAUUCCUUACACCAAAAACACCAACGUGCCAAAAGAGCUGUAUCUCAGCAGGGUCAGUUUGUGCACUUGGAUUUCCAGGCUCAUGGCAGGCAGUUCAACCUUCGCAUGAAGAGGGACACAUCUUUGUUUUCGCCUGAUUUUAAAUUGGAGGUUGGAGGAGAAACUGUUGAUUAUGAUACCUCUCACAUAUACACUGGGCAGAUGUUUGGUGAACAGGGGACUUUGAGUCACGGAUCUGUUGUUGAUGGUAGAUUUGAAGGAUUUAUUAAAACCCCUCAAGGCACAUUCUAUGUGGAGCCAUCUGAGAGAUACUUUAAGGACCAAGCAGUUCCAUUUCAUUCUGUCAUGUAUCACGAAGAUGAUAUCCAGUACCCACAUAAGUAUGGAACUGAAGGAGGAUGCGCUGAUUCUUCUGUCUUUAAAAGAAUGAAAGAAUAUCAGAUGUCAGCGCAAGAAGAACCAGAGAAGCAUGAUCACAAGGAAUAUCAUGAAGAUAGUGGUCCAGUCAUCCUACGGAAGAAACGAGCAGCACAGGCAGAAAAAAAUACAUGCCAGUUGUACAUACAAACAGAUCAUCUGUUCUACAAACGAUAUGGAGAAACCAGAGAGGCAGUGAUAGCCCAGAUUUCCAGCCAUGUGAAGGCGAUCGACACAGUUUAUCAGUCAACUGAUUUUAGUGGAAUUCGAAAUAUCAGCUUCAUGGUGAAAAGGAUACGAAUAAAUGUAACAAGUGAUGAGAAAGACCCUACAAAUCCUUUUCGAUUUCCUAAUAUUGGAGUGGAAAAAUUCCUUGAAUUGAACUCUGAGCAGAACCAUGAUGAUUAUUGCCUGGCAUAUGUGUUUACAGACCGGGAUUUCGAUGAUGGUGUCCUGGGACUCGCAUGGGUUGGAGCUCCUUCAGGUAGCUCCGGUGGAAUUUGUGAAAGAAACAAACUGUACUCUGAUGGCAAAAAGAAAUCCCUGAAUACUGGAAUCAUUACAGUUCAGAACUAUGGCUCACACGUUCCCCCUAAGGUCUCUCAUAUCACCUUUGCACAUGAAGUCGGACAUAACUUUGGCUCUCCACAUGACUCCGGCAAUGAGUGUACCCCAGGAGAAUCCAAGAAUUUAGGAUUUAAAGAAAAUGGCAAUUUUAUUAUGUAUGCCAGAGCCACAUCUGGGGACAAGCUCAACAAUAACAAGUUCUCACUUUGCAGUGUUCGAAAUAUAAGCCAAGUGCUGGAGAAAAAGAGGAAUUCCUGUUUUGUGGAGUCUGGCCAGCCAAUAUGUGGCAAUGGACUGGUGGAGCAAGGAGAGCAAUGUGAUUGUGGUUACAGUGACCAGUGUAAGGAUGACUGUUGUUAUGAUGCAAAUCAGCCGGAAAAUGUAAAAUGCACAUUAAAGCCUGGAAAACAGUGCAGUCCCAGCCAGGGCCCUUGUUGCAACACAGGAUGUACCUUCAAGCGAGCAAGUGACAAAUGCCGUGAUGAAUCUGACUGCGCCAAAGUGGGUACUUGCAAUGGCAACUCUGCUCAGUGUCCACCAUCAGAACCUAGAGAAAACCUAACUGAGUGUAACAGAGCAACCCAAGUUUGCAUCAAGGGGCAAUGCGCAGGAUCUAUCUGUGAGAGGUAUGCCUUGGAAGAGUGCACUUGUGGCAGUACUGAUGGCAAAGAUGACAAGGAGCUGUGCCACGUUUGCUGCAUGGAGAAAAUGAAACCGCACACAUGUGCUAGCACUGGUUCAGAAGCAUGGAGAGCUUACUUUAAAGGAAAAACCAUUACAUUGCAACCAGGAUCACCGUGCAAUGAAUUUAAAGGAUACUGUGAUGUGUUCAUGCGGUGUCGAUUGGUGGAUGCUGAUGGUCCACUGGCUCGUCUCAAAAAAGCCAUUUUUAAUCCCGAACUCUAUGAAAAUAUCGCUGAAUGGAUUGUGGCACACUGGUGGGCAGUGCUGCUCAUGGGAAUAGCACUAAUAAUGUUGAUGGCUGGAUUUAUUAAGAUUUGCAGUGUGCACACACCAAGCAGCAAUCCUAAACUGCCUCCUCCGAAACCUCUUCCAGGCACUCUGAAGAGAAGGAGACCACCACCGACAACUCAACAACCUCCACGCCAGAGACCUCGGGAGAGUUACCAGAUGGGACACAUGAGACGUUAACUGGAGCUUAUUUGCCUUUGGUUCUUCCUAGUGCCUACCAUAGGAAAGAUUCACUCCAAAGAAAUACCUACCAAUGGUCACAGUCCCCCAGUAAGAAAGCAAAAAUAAGAUCAAAAUGAGAAACGAAAGGCAAGAUCCAAUCAGUGUUCCCACGUGGUGAUGCUGUUUUUAACUUGCUAAAACAUUCAAUUCUGGAUGAAGAAAUUAACUCUUGGUUUUUUUUAACAGAUAUUUUUAACCUAACGGCACAAAGUAUUAGAAUACCACAAUCUUAUUUUCCUGACCCCCCCCCCCCCUCUCCUUUCUCUUUCUUGUUUGCUUUCAAUUGAUCUCUCACUUACCAAGCUUACAUCUUUCUUUUUCUUACGGCCAGUCGAGGCUAGGAAGAUAGACCACUUCAGCAUUGGAGACAUCUCUUGCCAUUGUGUAUACAUUAAUAUAUGCAGAUGUGUAUCUCUAAUGUACGAGCAUACAUCUAUGUGCAAUUGUAAAAACAAAUAAUUGCAAUGUGGAUAUGUUACUUUGUAUUAUAGCUCUUUUUUCCACUGUUAAUGAAGACAUUACUGUUUAAGUGACAUACUCAGGAUUACAGAGGAUUUGGUGUUCAAAGGAGACUGAAUAUUUUUUCGGAAAUUGCUUCUACUUGGUGUGGAAAGCAAAUCCAUCUGCAUUCUUUUUUAAUAAGUCUUAGAAACAGAGUUGGUUGAAAGUCUCCAUUUCAUAUAUUUCCUUCAACCAGCUGCUAUUCGAUGUGGCACACAAGACUUCUCUUUGGAUUCAUACAAGCAACAAAUGUACAAAACAGACACAACUCUGGGUUUGAAGAUUAUUUUUUUGUCUCCCAGUUUAUUCAGGUGAGAAGAGCCUGGAUGAUUACAUGUUUUAGGCAUGUAUUUUCUAAAAAGACAGGCCUAUUAUCUGAUCCAUCUGUAAGAAAUCCCAUGGUAUAAUUGUUGUACAUGUGCUGUGUCACCUGUUGUGUUACAAGAAGGGCAUAUCUAGUAAUGUGUAUGGAUGACGGUUGGAUUUCUGUGAAUUUUUGGGCAAAAUCCUUCAUGGAAUAGUGUGCUGAUAAAUGUAUAACCACUAAAUUUGUGUCUUUCGAUUUUACGAGAAGAAAUGUGUUACAAAGCCUGUUUUCAAUUUCUUCACACACUGGUGGCAUCUACUUUUGCCCUAAUCCCAAUUCAGACAUGCCAGAGGCUUGUUAACCUUUUCAAUAUGUAUAGCAAAUAAUAUAUGAAGUAUCCAUGCAUCGGACACUAUGCAUGUAAAUAUUUGGCCAUUACUAAAAUGCUUCUCCCCUUUUAAUCUGCUUCUUCAGUAUCUUGGAGUGAGUAUGGUGUUGUGUCCCUUGUGGUGACCAUUUUCUUGACUUACAUAGAGAGGCUUUGCAUUACUCAGUGGUGGUACUGUAAGUUACUAUCCGGUGCAAAUGUCUCUCCUGUAGGGAUUAAACUAUGUUACACGCAGUCCUCUUUUUUCAGGAAGAGAAUUUAAGGGAAACCUGGAACUGGAACAGCUUUGUUUAACUAAAAAAGCAUACUUGUAAAUGUGCAAUUACGGAGUGAAGUUUAUUUGAAAUUGUGUUGCUAUUUUUUUAUCUACUGCAGCAUUUUCCCCUCCUUCCUCCAGUUUAAAUGGUUAACUCGCUUUUAAUGAUUAAAAAAACACGAGAAAUAGAAGGUUGCAAAUGAGAAAAUGUCCAAACAAAUUGAAACGGUCUCUUCAUAUAUCUCAAGUUCCGUCAAGGUUUUAAUCCGUGUCUACAAAAUGUACAAAAGGCUUUUCUGUAUAGAAGAAACUUGGAUUAUGUGUACAGUUCCCCUUUAAUCUCUCGAGUAUAAAGUUUACACAUUCAUGCUCCCAAUGACACGCCAGCAAGGUUAAAAAAAAAAAAAAAAAAAACAUAAAAAAAUGAAAACUUAAAAAACAACAACAAAAACUCCCUUGUAAAUUGUACAGUGUGUGAUAAUUUUUUUCAAAAACACAUCUUUUUGUACAACGGUUUAGAAACAGAUUUUGUACAUGAAAUCCCAGUACAGUAGCUAGGAACUAUAAAUAAUUCUGGAUCAAUCCUAGGUAACUAGGAUUUGAAUGCUUUCUCUUGUUUUCAGACUAGGUAAAUGGUGGGGAAAUAGUUUGAUUUUUCCAAAGGGAGGGGUUGUUCUGUAAUCUCAGAAUGGAAGAACCAUAAAUUGUGUAGAUAUUUUUUUUUUUCUCAGAUAUUUUUUUCUGUGGUAAGGUUUGGGGAAGAGCUCGCUAUUAUUUUUAAUUGUAUGAACAGGGAAAUGCACUGAACCACAGAAGUCAAGACGUGGCAAGCAAAGCUGGAGAAAUAAAUAAAUAAAUUCAAUCUAAUACUACUGUCAAUUUAAUGUCCACUGUGUUUUAUACAGUAUUUUUUUUUUUUGUUCACUUUGAAAAUUUUUACUAAAAAUUUGCAAAAUAAAUAAAAAGUAUUGUGCAACGAUAUGUAAUUUUUUCCCAAAACUUGAAAUGCAUUAAUAAAUAGACUUGAUGAAAAUG